AUGAAAUCUGACUUUAAAUUUUCCAACCUGUUAGGUACUGUCUACAGGCAGGGUGAUAUUGUUUUUUCUGAUGAUGGGAAACAAUUACUUUCGCCAGUUGGUAAUAGAGUUUCUGUAUUUGAUUUGAUAAAUAAUAAGUCAUUUACUUUUGAAUAUGAACAUAGAAAAAACAUUGCUACUUUGGACCUGAACAGACAAGGUACUUUACUAUUGUCUGUUGAUGAGGACGGACGUGCAAUCCUGGCUAAUUUUAAAUCUAGAAACGUUUUACAUCAUUUUAACUUUAAAGAUAAAUGUUACCAAGUAAAAUUUAGUCCUGAUGGAAAACUUUUUGCACUGGCAACUGGUCGAUUCCUACAGAUUUGGAAAACUCCAGAAGUUAACCAAGAUAGGCAAUUUGCACCAUUCGUCCGUUAUAGAAUCCAUGCAGGCCACUUCCAAGAUAUAUUGUCCCUAACUUGGUCUCCAGACUCCAGAUUCAUCGUGUCUACUUCGAAGGAUUUAACUGCAAAGAUAUGGUCUAUUGAUUCUGAUGAAAAGGACCUUGCAUCUACCACAUUUGCAGGUCAUAAGGAUUACGUAAUGGGCGCAUUUUUUAGUGCCGAUCAAGAAAACAUUUAUACAGUUAGUAAAGAUGGUGCAUUAUUUGUAUGGGAGUACUCUGCCAAGAAAACUGAAGAUGAUGAAGAUGAUGAAGAAGAAAUGGAUAUUUCAAAAUACAGUUGGAGAAUUGCCAAAAAACAUUUUUUUUACACAGGACAAUCAAAAGUUAAAUGUGUCACAUUCCACUCGAAAUCCAAUAUGUUGGUAGUUGGUUUCAGCAAUGGUGAAUUCCGUUUAUAUGAAUUGCCUGACUUUACGUUGAUACAACAACUUUCUAUGGGUCAAAAUCCUGUGAACACAGUGACAAUUAACGAGUCUGGUGAAUGGCUGGGAUUUGGUUCUAGUAAAUUAGGCCAAUUACUUGUCUAUGAAUGGCAAUCCGAAUCGUACAUAUUGAAGCAACAAGGUCAUUUUGAUGCAACAAAUAGUUUGACUUAUUCACCAGAUGGUUCUCGUGUUGUCACAGCAGCAGAAGACGGUAAGAUCAAAGUGUGGGAUGUUGCAUCUGGGUUUUGUUUGGCAACAUUUGAUGAGCAUACUUCUUCUGUUACCCAGGUCCAAUUUGCCAAGAAAGGUCAAGUACUGUUCUCGUCAUCUAUUGAUGGUACAGUGAGAGCUUGGGAUUUGAUAAGGUAUCGUAAUUUCAGAGUUUUCACUGCAGCAGAGAGAAUUUCUUUUAACUCUCUGGCAGUCGAUCCCUCAGGUGAAGUUGUUUGUGCCGGUUCUCUCGAUAGUUUUGAUAUCCAUGUUUGGUCUGUUCAAACUGGUCAACUAUUGGAUACUCUGUCUGGUCAUGAGGGACCAAUUUCUGCACUUGCAUUCAGUCAAGAGAACGGUGUUUUAGCAUCGGCAUCUUGGGAUAAAACUAUUAGAAUUUGGUCCAUAUUUGGUAGAUCUCAGCAGGUUGAACCGAUUGAAGUUUAUUCUGAUGUCUUGGCUUUAGCGAUAAGACCAGAUGGUGCAAACGUAGCAGUUUCUACGUUAAAGGGUCAAAUAACGAUAUUUGAUAUUCAAGAAGGUAAACAAGUGGGUAAUAUCGACUGUAGAAGAGAUAUAAUAUCGGGUAGAAACCUUGAGGAUAGAUUUACAGCCAAAAAUUCUGAAAGAUCAAAAUUUUUCACAACCAUUAACUAUAGUUUCGACGGUCUAGCCAUUGUUGCAGGUGGUAAUAAUAAUUCCAUAUGUUUGUAUGAUGUUCCAAAUGAAGUCUUAUUGAGAAGAUUUGUAGUUUCUAAGAAUAUGACUUUGAAUGGUACUUUGGAAUUCUUGAACAGUAGCAAGAUGACCGAGGCCGGUUCCUUAGACUUAAUAGAUGAAGAUGGUGAAAAUUCAGAUUUAGAAGAUAGAAUAGAUAAUACCUUACCAGGGUCUAGAAAAGGUGGUGAUCUAUCUACCAGAAAGUUGAGACCAGAAGUUAGGGUAACAUCUGUUGAAUUUUCCCCAACCGCAACUGCGUUUGCGGCAGCCUCUACUGAAGGAUUAUUGAUCUACUCUGUAGAUGAUUCCGUUUUCUUCGAUCCUUUUGAUUUAGAUGUCGACGUUACUCCACAGUCUACCAUAGAAGCCUUGGAAGAAAAGGAAUACCUGAAUGCAUUAGUGAUGUCUUUUCGAUUGAAUGAAGAAUAUUUGGUAAAUAAAGUAUAUGAAAAUAUUCCUUUAUCUGAAAUAUCAUUGGUUGCCGGUGGUGUACCUGAAGUAUAUUUGGCAAAAUUAUUGACAUUUAUUGGUAAUUUUGCAUUGGAAUCGCAACAUAUAGAAUUUAACUUGAUUUGGAUAAAGAGCAUAUUAGCCGCACAUGGGCACUAUAUUAACCUGCACAAGCAUCUGUUCGCUACACCAAUGAGAGCCAUCCAAAGAUUUAUUGGUAGAAUUGCUAAGGAGGUAGCAACUUUAAGCACAGAAAAUAAAUAUACGUACAGAUUUUUGACUUCAACUGAUGGUACUGUGGUUCAAGAAGACGAUGAAGAUGAGGCUUUGUCCAAUCACGAAGACUCUGUCGAAGAGGAAGAUGCUGUUAUGCAAUCUGAUGAUGAUGAUGAAGAGGGCUGGGUUGGAUUCGAAGGCAAAGAUAACAAACUUCAAUUAGAAAAUGAAGAUGAAUCAUCUGAUGAGGAACUCAUUUAA